AUGGCGGUUGACGAUGACACGGAUGAUGAAGAAGGUGCACGCGAUGACAUUAAAGGACUGCUUAGUGAUGCAUUUGGAGAUGUAUCUCAUGCUGAGGGUGUUACUGUAGGUCAAAAUGAAGAGGCUAAAAAGUUUUACAAUUUAAUAGAUGGGGUAAGUCAAGAGUUAUACCCGGGUUGCAAGAAAUUUUCUACAUUAUCUUUUACCAUCCGUCUGUACUUGUUAAAGUGUUUGCACGGUUGGAGUAAUGCCUCCUUCACUUCACUUCUUGAGCUAUUGAAAGAGGCAAUGCCUAACAUUAACAUACCUUCAUCUUUCCAUAAGACAAAAAAAGAACUAAAGGAUGAAAAACAAUGUCGUGUGUGUGGAACUUCUCGAUAUACUGAAAAUUCCAGUGAUAAUAGUGAGAACCAACCUGACAAGAAAGGUUGUACUAUUCCUGCAAAGACUCUGAGAUACUUUCCUAUAAUUCCAAGACUUCGGAGAUUAUUUAUGUGCUCAAAGACGACAGCUAGUCUGAGGUGGCAUGAUGAUGAGCGCGUAAAAGAUGGGACGUUAAAGCAUCCUGCUGAUCGCUUGGCAUGGAAGAAUCUUGAUAAAAUCGAUGAAGAAUUUACAAAAGAAUCUCGCAAUAUUAGACUAGGCUUGUCAAGUGAUGGGUUCAACCCAAUCCGUAGCAUGAACAUUUCAAGGAGCACAUGGCCCGUGAUGCUGAUGGUCUACAACUUGCCUCCGUGGAUGUGCAUGAAACCCGAAUAUUGUAUGUUUUCUUUGCUUAUUCCUGUGCCACAAUCACCUGGUAAAGACAUUGAUGUGUAUCUACAACCAUUGAUAGAAGACUUAAAGUUGUUGUGGGAAAAAGGGGUCGAAACCCAUGAUGCGUCAAAGAAUGAGACCUUUCAAAUGCGGGCAGCUCUUUUGUGGACAAUCAACGAUUUUCCUGCUUGUGCUAUGUUGUCUGGGUGGAGUACAAAGGGAAAGUUGGCUUGCCCUUGUUGCAACAAAAAUACCAGUAGCUUACAACUAAAACACAGUCGGAAGACAGUUUAUAUGGACCAUCGUGUCUUUUUACCCAUGGAUCAUCCAUGGAGAACCAAUACAAUGUCUUUUAAUGGGAAGCAGGAAUUAAGACCCCAUCCACCUGUUAUAGAAGGACCCAAAAUUUUUGAGAUGCUACAAAAUGCUGAGAAUGUCUUUGGAAAGAAGCAAAGUACAUCAAAUAGUUUCCCAUGGAAUUGGAAAAAAAGAUCAAUUUUCUUUGAAUUGCCUUACUGGCAUAAGAACCCACUAUAUCACAACUUAGAUGUCAUACACAUAGAGAAGAAUAUACUUGACAGUGUAAUUGGAACUCUCUUGGAUAUCCCAGGCAAGACAAAGGACCAUUUGAAUGCUCGAUAUGACUUAAAAAAUUUGGGUAUCUGGAAAAAUCUUCAACCAAAGGAGGUGAAUAAUGGCAAGAGAAUAAAGUUGGCAAAGGCAUAUUUUUCUAUGACUGCUGUAGAGAAGUCAGUUUUUGUGUUCAUCAGACUAGACGAGAUAGAUUUACUGGAGUUAGAGAUUGUGGAAACAUUAUGCCAGCUUGAGAGGAUCUUUCCCCCUAGUUUUUUCGACAUAAUGGUUCAUCUUCCCAUUCAUUUAGCAAAUAAGGUGAGAUUGGGAGGUCCGGUGCAGUUUUGUUGGAUGUAUCCUCCGAAAAGGUACAUGUGUACAUUAAAGUCAUAUGUUCGCAACAGAAGUCGGCCCAAAGGUUCUAUUGCAGAGGCAUAUCUGGCUGAGGAGUGCUUAACUUUCUACUCAAGAUACUUGCAUGAAGGUGUGCAAACAAGACUUAAUAAGAGAACUCGGAAUGAUGAUGAUCCUAACGAAGACGAAGUUGUGCCAUCAAAGUUGUUUUCUAACAAAGGUCACUGA